AUGUCUAAAGAAUUUACAAGCAGACAUCCUAAUAGAGAACAAUCAACUAUAUUAAUAGCUACCAAGACUAUCAAAAGAUCAGGAUUUGAAGAACUUCUUAAAAAGUGGACAAAUCAGGAUAUUAGAAUCAGUUUAAUACCAGAUAUAUAUGACAGCGAG